CAGAUAGCCAGAUAGCUAGUGUGGUACCCCAACAGAAUGGACACUGCUAAGUUCUGGUUUACACUGCUUUGUGUUUGUAGCGGGUGGAUUUUAACCCUGGCGAUUAGCUGUGAUUGGACAACCCAAUAUGAAAAUGAUGGGAAAUGUUGUCAAGGCUGUCCCACAGGUAUGUAUCCCACCCAACACUGUUCGGAGAGCAACGGUGCCAGCGUGUGUGCAAAAUGUCCGGAUACUUCGGUUAAACUGGGAUGCUUUUGUGAAAACAAGCUUUGCAGUGAUGAUAAAUGCUCAAAAUGUCUGGACAUAGAAAAAUGCGAACCUGGCUUUCAACUGCGGAGAGAAGGUAAUUUUGAUUUCGGUUACAAAUGUGAGCCAUGUUCAAACGGGACAUACAAUGAUGUUAAGGGCGGAACAUGCAAACCCUUCGCAAAGUGUGAUGGCUUUCAAUUGGGCUUCGCUGGAAACAGUACCCACAAUGCAAGAUGUAUAAACCAUGAGAACCUCAUCCAUGUUUCAAACAAAGAACCAAGCAGCAACCACUUUUCCAACAUUAUGAUGCUAUCUUUAACAGCCGCUGUCAUUUUGUGCCUGGUGCUUAUCGUGUAUACGGCAUUUCAGCAUUGGAAACACACGAGGCGCGUAAAGUCAUUUCAACCGUGCACACAUAAGAUGGUUUUGCCACCAGAUGCAUGCAGCUGCAAACUAUCUAAGGAGGAAAUGGGAGACGAAAUUGACUCCAAGGAGACUUCAGAAUUCUCUUUCACGUGUGAUGGUCACAGCUUUCCCUGAUUCCUUAAAAGGUCUCUGUUGUUUAAAGAACAGCCAAUAAACAAGCUAUUUUAAAGAUGACUUGACUGCAAAACAACAUAUGACAAUCAGCUUUAAUUGAUGUAAUAUGAACAAAUAAUUCAGUUUUGCAGAUCAUGUAUGUUGAUGGUCCCACAUACUGUGGAUAGUGGCCACAGUCAGUCUCUGCGGCUGUGUAAUGCAGGAGGAUGUUUACUGUAAAUGUAUUCAGUAUUUGUUUCCUUUUUAAAAUACUCAGUUUGUCAAACUGCUUAAAGAAAAAAUGGACAUUUAAAGCAGGGAACAGCAGAGAGUAUUUGAAUGAUGCACAGGUGCAUCUCAGUAAAUGUCGUGGAAAAGUUAAUUUAUUUUAAUAAUUCA